CUGCCGGACUAAUGAUUGAAGAGAUUUGAUAGCAUUCAUCAUCAGGAGUUCACUGUCACAUCUUGUCCCGAUUCUGAUCUAUCCUGAAAUCAGCUGUUGAAAGUGAUUUUAAGUUAAAACCAUUCAAUCUUAAAAGUGUGAGCAGUGAAAACAAGGACUUAUUACCCUUUGAAAAAUGCAAGGAUUUGUUUUAGUGAUUUUAUACUUUGCUAUAAGUGGCGAUGGAUACAACAUUCUGGGCAUAUUUCCUCAUAGUGCGCGGAGUCACCAUAUAUACUUUACGGCUCUCGUUGAAGAAUUAUCUAGAAGACAACAUAAUGUCACGGUGAUCAACUAUCACCCCAUGCCUAAUCUACCUAAAGUUGUUCGAAUAUCGCUUCUGGGGAAGGAAAAUGCUAGUGUUACUGUUAAUACAGAGAAACGCUUGGAAUUACUUUCAAUCUCAGAUAUUUCCAUGGCUUACACAACAGCCAUAAAAUACAAAGAUAUUGCAAAUAGAAAUUGUAUAAAGAUGAUAGAAAACAAGAAAAUCCGCAAAAUUAUAGACUUGGCCGUACAUUUCGAUUUAGUGAUUAUUGAACAAUUUGUAUCCGAUUGCGGUUUUGCUAUAGCAUACAAGCUGAAUGCUCCUACAAUAGGCAUUAGCGCACAUAUUCUAAAGCCUUGGUCGUACUCAAGGUUGGGCGCACCGAACAAUCCAGCAUUUGUGCCAAAUCACUUCUUUGCUUCUGGAGCAAAACCCAACUUGUUCAAUAAAAUGAAAAGUUUGAUUGUAAAUUAUGGAAUGAACUUGUAUUAUGAACGUGUUAUUCAGAAGAGUGAUCAAGAAAUUGUUAACAAAGUGUAUCCUGAUGUACCGCCGUUAGAAAACCUUGGAAAGAAUAUGUCUCUGGUAUUAAUAAAUCAGUAUUUUCCUCUAACUAGACCACAAUUGUAUAGCAGUAACGUAAUAGAAGUUGGCGGUUUACACAUUAAUAAUAAGGAUGGAUUACGAGAUAAGGGAUUAAAAACAUUUUUAGAUUCAGCUCAAAAUGGUGUGGUCUACAUUAGCUUCGGAAGUCUUGCAUCGAAUUUGCCUCGAAGACUGAUAAACUCAAUUAUACAAUUGCUUCGAAAAAGCAAUAUGGCAUUUGUGUGGAAAACUGAUAUUACCCACUGGGAUGCACCCAAGAACGUGUUUAUAGGAAAAUGGAUGCCUCAGGUAGCCCUGCUGUGUCAUCCUAAAGUAAUUGGUUUUAUAUCACAUUCCGGGAUGUUAAGUACAACAGAAGCGGUACAUUGUGGGGUACCAAUAGUAAGCGUACCACUUUUUGGAGAUCAAUUUGCAAAUGGCCGCUCAGUAGUAGAAAGCGGUGUUGGGGUUGCAGUAGAUGUAUUAACCAUCACCGAAAAAGUCUUAGAAGGUGCUUUGGAGACUAUCCUUGAAGAAAAACUUGAACGGUUGUGCAACUUCGCCACACAUUUAGUCGGUGCUCAGCCAACCAGCACAGUUGAUAAUUUAUUAAGGAUGUGUGAAGCCACAUCAGAGCACUACGGGUGGUGUAAAACUCUGACACAGGAUGAUACAUCAAACAUACGAAAAAAAAAAAUAGAAGACUCUGUAAUACGAUUAUGUUCAAAAAAUUUCAGGUACCAAAGAAAUGCGAAGCAAUUAUCUGGAGUUUGGAAGGACCGACCUAUGUCGCCCAUGGAUACUGCCAUAUUCUGGAUAGAGUACGUUGCCAGAAAUAAAGGUGCAGUUAACAUGAAACCAGUGACUGUCGACAUGACGUUCUACGAAUAUUUUUGUAUAGACAUCUUCCUUCUAAUAGUCAUUGUAUUAGUUUUAGUAGUCGUCUCUUUACUAUUGACUGCAAAAAUAACAUUUUUCGCUGUUAGAAGAAUAAAAUUGUUUUUAAAGGAUAGGAAGUCAAAAUACUUUAAAGUGAUGUCUGUUUCUUAAUUAAGUUUAGUAACAAAAUAAUCGGUAAUAAAAUACUUUAAAUAUUUUAGUUGUUCUUUAUUCUUUCGUUGUGUUUUCUAUUCCCUCGCUAAAACUUGACACGAGAUUUUAGACGCAACUGAUCGGAUCGGAGGGACAACGUCUUCAAGUAGUGUUACUAUGGUUAUGUACGGCUCUACGUGUCUCCAGGGCGUAGAGCGGCAUCCCUUUUCCACACAUUCACUCUCUUUUUCGACGUGGUGGUGGGCCAACAC